CAGGGCCCCUGUGCCUCUGCUCGCUCCAGCUAUUCUUAGUCUGUCUGUCCCUCACCCUCAGCAACCCUGCAGGCAAGAAACUCUUCUCCAUCAGGUUCCACAGCACCUGACCCACCCACCUACCCACCAACCCCAGAGUGUUAGUCCUGAGAGCUGGGAGCAGACAGGGAGAGACAGUCUUGAAGCAGGGCUGACGGAGGAUUUGCCGGUCGGGUCAAAAGGAUACCAGGGGAGGACGGAGAGCAAGGGCACGGCAAGCAGGAGUAGAAACCACACGGCCACCGGGAGUCGUUGUCAGGGGGAGUGUUGACACCGAAGAUGAGUACUUACACAGUGACUCUGAAUGGCCCUGCUCCAUGGGGCUUCAGACUACAGGGGGGGAAGGACUUCAACAUGCCCCUCACCAUCUCCAGGAUAACCCCAGGCAGCAAGGCGGCGGGUGGCAGCCUGGCCCAGGGCGACAUCAUCUCAGCCAUUGAUGGUGCGAGCACUGACGGGAUGACGCACCUGGAGGCCCAGAACAAGAUCAAGUCCGCCACCACCAAACUGGCCCUCACCAUGCAGAAGUCAAGACGCCCUGCACCGGUUCCCACAGCAACUCCAAGAAUGGACUCACCUAUGCCAAUCAUCCCUCACCAGAAGGUUAUCGCAAACACAGCUGCAAAUGUGGAGUACACCCCCAGCUUCAACCCCAUCGCUCUGAAAGACUCUGCCCUGUCCACCCACAAGCCCAUUGAGGUGAGGGGUCCAGGCGGAAAGGCCACCAUCGUGCACGCCCAGUACAACACACCUAUCAGCAUGUACUCACAGGACGCCAUCAUGGACGCCAUCGCAGGGCAGUCGCAGGCCAAGGGACACGACAGUGAGGAGGCUGGCUCCCCCCUGGCUGGGGUUCUGCCCGUCAAGGACCCUGUUGUAGACUGUGCAUCUCCAGUGUACCAGGCAGUGAUCCGGCCAGGAGAGAUCAACCAGGACAUGUCUGAAUGGGCUCGUCGUGCUGCCAACUUGCAGUCCAAGAGCUUCAGAAUGCUGGCCCACAUCACUGGCACUGAAUACCUGCAAGACCCAGAUGAGGAGGCCCUGCAGAGGUCGAGAGAGAAGUUUGAGUCAGAGGUGAAAGGGCCUCGCUUUGCCAAGCUGAAGAACUGGCACAACGGACUAUCUGCACAGAUCCUCAACGUCCAGGAAUAAAGAGGUGCAGGAGAGAAAAGAGAGAGAAAAAGAGAAAGAGAGAGAGACAGAGGGGAGGAGGACAUGUAAAGGAGGACAUGGACAACAGCACAGGAGUUAACAGGAAGAGGGGAUAAAUUACAGAGGGAAAAAAGAAGCAGGAGGAGGAGGAGGAGACUCCUCAGCGAUGUGAUAUAGUGUAUUGUAGACCAGAUUAGUAGAAUGUGAGAUACUAACUGUUAGUGUGAGAAUGCUAUGUGUUCAUAAGCCCAGUAUUACCUGUCAAAUGUAUCUGUCCGCUGCUAAGACCUGAUCUUGCAUUUGGGUUUUUAUUUUCUUUGUUUGUUUUGGGUUCUGUCUCUCUUACAUGACACGGAAAUUGUACAAAAAAUAACAAGUAUUCAAGUGAACACGCAGAACUGAUGAUGUUUCUUUUACGCCCCCAGUACAUGAACUGCUUGUGAGUUUUAACACUUAUCAGCAUGCUUGUUGAGAAGCCACGAAUACAGGACGAACACACACAUAGACGUUUAUCUAUAUGCACAAAAUACAGUAUGUAAAAAACGUGCACUCAAAAAAUGUACUGAUAUCAAUGUGAAUAAAUUUUUUCUUAAAACUAUA